AUGACAAUUGAUGAAUGUUUUGAUAAUUGCCGUGAAGGAAGAAAUCAAGGCUCAGAUUAUUGCACCAUUCCUCCAAACACUUCUCCAACCCCUUCUCCAAUUCCUCCCUCACUUUUAAAUUUUACUCUCACUUUAAAAAUUGUGUUGGGUGUUUGUAUUCCAGUAUUUUUAAUUGCCAUUCUUAUUAUAGUUAUAAUAGUGUAUAAUAGGCGUUGUAAAACUAAAGAGACUGAGAAGACUGAUGAGAAAUAUAGAAAAGAGCUGCAUGAAUGA